UCCUCGCAGUUAGCUCAGCCGCAAGGUUAGUUCUCGAGAAGUCCUCCACUUUGCAAACGUCGUAAGCCGAAUUUUUUCUGAAUCGUACCAGUAGCUUCACGCUCUUGCGCCUUACAUCCUCCUCCUCCCGUUGCAUGCACGCCUCGCCUGUUGAAAUUCACGCUCCUGCCUCGUCUAUUCUCCCCACUAAACUUCCAUCCGACUGGAUUCCUUCCUUUCGUUUCCGUCGCCAUGGAUUCGAAGCUUCACUCGAAAAAAAGGGGCCAUCCCUCGCGGAAAGAUCCGGCCGUCCGGCUCCCUAUCGGCUCGCAACUCCGGCUCCUAUGGCCGCGCGACGGGCGCUGGCACAUGGGCUCCGUCACCAAAUUCGAUCCCAAAAAGGCGCUUCACACGGUCGUAGUCGAGCGGGGAGAUUCGAAGCGCGUCGAUCUGCGCAACCUGCCGUGGGAGUUAAUCUCCACCCCCACCGCGACGCACGUUAUUCCUCUACGCCCCGUGUAUCCUGGAUUUCAGCCGCCCUUCGACCCCGCCACGUCCGCUGUGGGCGGCGCCGCUGACGGGUGCUUCUGGAGCAGAAUCCAUCCGUCGCAUGCCGUCGUCCAAUCCGCGGAGACGCUGUCGCAGAACCUGUCGCAGAACCUGUCGCAGAACCUGUCGCAGAAUCUGUCGCAGAGUAACCAGCCGCCACUCGUCGCGGCCUGCCCGCUAAAGCUUCAACUUCCCGCAUGCAUUCAGACUUCCGCCGCCGCCGCCGCCGCUGCCGCCACGGACCUGCCGUCCGUCCGAUCCGUGCCGGCCGCCGCGUCGCUGUCGGCGAGCUUCUCCAACGGCCACCGUUUGGAACGGCCGACAGCGUCGACGGCCGCCGGCUCGCGAGCCGACGCGCUGAUGGCGGCCGUUGCCGUCGCUGCCGCUUCGGAAGCGGGUAGCCGUCAAGGAGCGGACGAGCGAGUACCGGUGAUGCUGCCGACGGGCGAGGACGAAUCAGAGGCAGGCAGUCAGGUCUCGUGGAAUUCAAAUCGUCCCAUUGGUGCCGGAUUUGGAUUCGUGCCGGUGAUUCGGAACAGCGGCGGCGGCGGCGGCGGCGACGGCGGGGGCAGCGCGUUCCGCCGGUGGCAGGGGCGCGACAACGGCAGCGCGUGCGCACUCCUCCGGCUGGCGGAGAGGGGAGCGGGAGCGGCGGAAAAGGGAACGACCCCGGGCGCGUGCGGAAGCGGCAGCAGCAGCAGGUGCAGCGAAAAUGAGCACGAGGGUAGCGAGCAGACGGACGAGCAGAGUGCAACGCUGAUGAAGGACGAGGGAUGGGGCGGUUGCGGCGGCUCGGAAAGCAUGUCCGACGGCGAAUGCGGCGGCGGCGGCGCGGGUAGCAACGGUGCCAAAACUCCGGAGGACGAGGUUUUGAGCGCGCGGGAGAGCCAGGCGCAGGAUUGGGGCGCGGAUUUGACGAUCGCGGGGGCGGGCGCGGGGAAGAAGCGCAAGGGCGCGCGGAACUCGGGCGCGGGCACAGCCGUUGGUCGAGAUGAGGUGGCGCUGAUUAUGGCCGUUGCGAAGCGGCUUAAAACGGAGCACGAGGAGGAGUCGGAAGAAGGCCCUGAGGCCGUUGGGUGGUGGCAGAAGGACUGUGAAAUGGCGGCUGCUUCGCUCCUAUUGGCUCCGCCGAGCGCGGCAGAAUCUAUGGUCGGCCUGGCCUCUGUAGCGGCAGACGCGGCGGGAGACGCGGCGGCAAGUGCUUCGGCUGGAGCCACCGCGAUCGAGACGCGCGGAGCAGCCGCAGGUGUUGGCGGAGUGUUUGGCGGGAAGGCGGUGGUCUCCGCAAUAGGCGGAGCCGGCGGAUUCGCGGAGCAGGAAAAGGGGCUGGAAGGAGUGACAGUGCAACGCGCAGUGGCGAAGGGGGAGGUGCCGGAGCUGCUUCCGCUGCUGGCGGAAGCGCGGGGGGGAAUGCGGGCGGGGGAAGCGGAGGGGGCGCAAGGGGGGGAAGCGGAGGGGGCGCAAGGGGGGGAAGCGGAGGAGGAGAAGGUGGCGGAGAGUGAGGGGGAGAAGAGCGGCGUGUGGCUUGAGCUGGGCAAUGCUGGUCUGUCAAGCGGUUCAAGUGGGGCCGAGGCCUGCUCCAGUGGCGGAACCUCCCCUGGUACUACUUCACCUGCUACUGCUGCUUCACCUGCCCCUCCUGCUGCUGCUGGUGCUGGUGCUGGUGCUGCUAAUGGGGCGGGAAGUGUUGAGGAUUCGUCUGGAUGUGCUCUCACGCUCUCCUGCUCGCCUGCUCCUGCUGCUGCUACUCCUGCUGCUGCUGCUGUUCCUCCUCCUCCCCCUCCUCCUGCUUCCGCUGCCCCACGCACGCCCGUGGUUUCGCGGCCUGUGGCAGUGCGUGUGAGUGUGUGUCCCUCUGCGCCUCUUGUGAGCGACCGUGCUGCAGCAGUUGCCACAGCUGCAGUUACUGGUGCUGCUGGUGCUGCGAGACUAGCCACGCCUGGCCAUGUGCUCCCUGCUUUCCCUGUGCUCCCUGCGCUUUCUGCGUCCCCUGCACUUCGUCUGCCCAAGCUGUGUCUUCCAAAGGUGGUUGCUCCGAUUCCGCGACAGGGACCGCCUACUUCUUCCACGGCUGCUACCGCCUCUGCUCCUGCUCCUUCAGCUCUUUCUGCUCCUGCGGCUGUUGCUGCUGUUGUGACUAAGCCUGUUUCUCCAUUGCGUUCGACACCGGUUGCUGCUGCCACUCCCGCUGCGGUCAGCAAUGUGGGCAGCAUGAGCACGAGCGUGAGUGUGAGUGUGAGGAGUCCGGGCAGGCGCGCUGCGGUUCCUCUGCUGGUGCUGCCCAGCUGCAGGCCGGUGCAACCAACGCAGCUGAUGCUCCAACAGCAGCAGCAGCAGCCAAAGCUUCAGCUGCAGCAGCAGCAACAAUUGGUGGUACCUCAGGUGAUGCAGCAGCAGCAGCAGCAGCAGCAGCAGCAGCAGCAGCAGCAGCAGCAGCAGCAGCAGCAGCAGCAGCAGCAGCAGCAGCAGCAGCAGCAGCAGCAGCAGCAGCCAGUGGUUGCGGCAGCUAGGUCUGCCUCGGCAUCUCCGCUGCUGCACCUCCCCAAGGGGCUUGUUCACAGCCCCAAGCAGGCAAGAGUGCAACCCCAGCAGCACCAGCACCGGCAGCAGCUGCUGCUGCUUCCUCUGGUGCAGACAUGAGUGACGCCAGCAGCAGCAGCGGUGGGCUUGCAGGUUGUGGUGUACUUGUACAUACUUCAAUGUAUGUACGGCUGAUACUUAUACACGCCCAAGUGUAGUGGCGUAUAUACGAGCUGGCGAUCUCUCUGUCUCUAGCUGUUGGCUACUGGACAAUCAGAAAGCCAUAUUUUGGGUUUCUUUUGUUUUUACUUCCAGUUGCUUCGUAUGGUACCAGUAGUACCGUAGUAGUCUCUUAGGCAAUGUUUUGUGUGUACAUGCGCUUAGGCUUCAGAUACGUAACCUCUUAUGGAGGCACAUUAAUCUGUAUAGUCAAACGA